UUAUCUGUUCUCACAGUCUAUAGUGGAUUGUAGAAAAAAUUAAAAGAAGUCAUGUUUCUUGUCACGUAUUAUUUUGAUGAUUGAUAAAUUUGCAAAAAAUGUAAAUGAUUUAACUGAAUGCAUUAUGCUUCAGUUUCUUAAUUCACACCUGAAUAUGUGAUUGAAUGGAACCUUUUUUCAAACGAAUAGGUUUAAGACUGCAAGUUUCAAAUAUGAUUCAAUUUCACUCUUUUCUUGGAGUAUUCCUGGCUCUUUCAAUGAUAAAAGGAAUUCCAGCAUUGAUUAUCGAGGACAGAAUUGUUGAUGGAUACCUUGCCAAGCCUGGAGAAUUUCCUCAUCAGGUAUCAUUACGAGAGAAAUUUACCAACGACCAUUUUUGCGGAGGAUCUAUUAUUGAUCAUUAUCACAUAGUGACAGCGGCUCACUGUGUAGAGGACGAUCCAGUCCCGCCAUUCAAUUUCACUGUAUCUUAUGGUUCUAUAAAUCUGAAUGACAACAAAAAUACAGUUUACAAUUCACCUAGAAAAGUUUUCGUUCACCCGGCAUUCUCAUUAUCUACACGGCACCGUGAUAUAGCCAUUGUCAAGCUGAAAAAGCGUAUCAACUACAACAAAUUUAUACAGCCUAUCCGACUCAACAGCAGAAAUAUAACAAAUGGACAAAGAUGCGUCGUUAGCGGCUGGGGAAGAUGGGCUAGUACUAACUUCACCCAACAUCCAGAACUGAAAGCGGCUCAUGUACAUAUUGUGGAUGUGAUGGAAUGUAAAAGGAACUAUUCGGACACCAAAUGGAAAAUGGACCCCAAAACUAUAGUAUGUGCUGGGAAUAGCAACGGUGGCAAUAAUACAUGCAGGGGUGAUUCAGGAGGCCCGUUGACUUGCAAAAACAAAAUGGUGGGUUUAUCUUCGUGGGGACGCGGUUGUGGACUUCCGGGAUAUCCAAAAGUGUUCACUAAAGUGAGAUCCCACCUUAGAUGGAUCAGGAAAUGUGGAGCGCGUCCUUUGUACGGUUAUAAUUCAAACAGUUUAAUAAGCGAUGAGCUACAGUUAGAAAAUGAUGAGAAUGAUUACGAAUAGAUGAGUAAAACCAAAUUAUACAAAACAACAAUGUAUACUGGUAUUGCUGGGGUUGUUGAUUGGAACAAUAUCUAUUAUUACAGUAAUGAUAAACUGUUACGGUUACAGUAAUAAUAAUAAUCUAUUACUAUUACGGUAAUAAUACCAUAGAGAAACAAUAACAUAUCCCAUGGUAUAGGGCGUUUAUGUCACAACUUUUACUGUUAUCUCAAGCCGAUAGUCCAUUUAGUUCUUUCCCGUGAAGCUGUAUGACGCUGGUAGUCGCUCAUAUUGUGCCAUUCAUACACUCUCACUCGGUCAAAACAGUAAAAAUCGUCAAUAAUCGACAGUAAUCGGCUUGAGAUAACAGUAAAAGUUGCGACAUAAACGCCCUAUACCAUGGGAUAUCUACUUACGCUAUUGUUUCUCUAUGAUAAUACUCUAUUCCUGUCACAGUAAUAAUAAUUUCUAAUAACCGACUCUUCAAUGAAAUUUAAAAUUGCAAACACAAGGUAAUUCUGACCAACUUUUUACCAGUUCUGAAUUUCCUCAACAAUAAAGGUUAUAGUAAUGAUAUAUUUAAUAUAUUUUGCCUUUAUAGCUCAAUAAAUUAUGUACUGGAACAUUCAAUUCAGUUAUUUUACAUGUAUUUUUAAUACUUGUAAUGUUCAAAUAAAAUUUUCAACUUUCUUUUC